ACUCUCCACCACCUCUCUACUUCUUGUGAGAUACUUACAGCUGAAAACAAAGGACUCUCUGCAGCAGUUGCUGCACAAAACCCCUUAAAGAAGAAGUGGGAGACUCUUAACUUACGCCAACAGAAGAAGGGACGCAGCGAAGCCCUCCUCUACUCCCUCAGCAAAGUACGCAACGCACGUCAUCGCAACAGGCUCAAUAAGACAAAGAGACUGGAAGAAGAAGUGGCAAAACACCAUCAACGCGAGGAGCGAGCUGCUGCAACGCUACGCAACAAGUUGGAGAAAGAGAGACGCUCUGCUGCGUACGCUGCGCGCCUUGAGGCCUCGAGGCAGAGGAGAGCAGAAGAAGCCGCCGAUCGCAAGCGCAAAAAGCAAGAGCGCGACGCUGCUAAAUCUAUACAAUUAUCCUAA